AUUGACAUUAUCUUAUACAGUAACGCACACAUGAGAGUAGUUCCAGGAUUUCAAAUUUCAGUGGACGGCAUGUCGAUAUAAAUUUAUUCUCAGGAUUACAUUUAUUUAGAUUUGAUUCCUUGUGUUUCUAAACUCAAUUCAAACGAGACCGUCGAAUCUCUCGCUUCGUAUCCCUUUUACUUUCUCCUCCCCUGUUCAUUGAACCUUUGAGCCCACGUUUCCAUUGCAAAGCUACAUGAUUGGAACAUGUACGAAUUUCAAUUCAUUGAUCGAGCUUGUUAACAAUUAAUUUGAUUUAGAGAGGUUUUGAUUAAGUUGCUACGUUGAUAUAUACAUUUAAGGAGAGAGAGCUAGAUAUUGAUAUUGCUGGGAAUGGGUUCUCGGCCGUCGAAGGCCCGUUUUUGCUGUUGGGGGCUGCAGUUCAACAGGGCGGUUCUCGAAGCUCCUGGUGCAGAGAGCGAGGAGGAGAACGGUGAGCUGUAUGAGCUGCAGCCGUUCCAGGAGUUCUCUUUCGAGCAGCUCAGAUUGGCUACUUUGGGUUUCAAUGCCGCGAACAUCGUCUCAGAGCAAGGAGAGAAGGCUCCGAAUGUCGUAUACAAGGGGAGAUUGGAUGCGCAAAGGCGGAUCGCAGUGAAGCAGUUUACUCGAUCGGCAUGGCCCGAUCCGCGGCAGUUCUUGGAAGAAGCAAAAGCUGUCGGUCAGCUUCGGAGCCAUAGAUUGGCGAAUUUGCUCGGAUGUUGCUGCGAAGGUGAUGAGAGGCUACUCGUGGCAGAAUAUAUGCCCAAUAACACUCUUGCAAAGCACCUUUUUCAUUGGGAUACGAGACCAAUGAAAUGGUCGAUGAGGUUAAGGGUGUUGGUGCAUCUAGCUGAGGCAUUACAAUAUUGCAAUCGAAAGGGGCGUGCGCUCUAUCACGAUCUUAAUGCUCAUAGAGUCUUAUUCGAUGACGAAUGUAAUCCGAGGCUUUCGAGUUUUGGCCUGAUGAAGAGCAGUCGGGACGGCAAAAGUUAUAGCACAAAUUUGGCAUUCACACCGCCCGAAUAUAUGAAGAGUGGAAGAGUUACACCUGAAAGUGUCAUCUAUAGCUUUGGCACAUUGUUGGUGGAUGUUCUAAGUGGAAAGCAUGUUCCUCCUAGUCAUGCUCUCGACUUGAUACGAAAUUGCAAUUUUGCUAUGCUGAUAGACUCGUUCGUACAAGGGCAAUUUUCAAAUGAGGAAGGAUCAAAGCUCGUCUGCUUAGCUUCGAAGUGUCUAAAAUACGAACAACGAGAGCGGCCGAACGCAAGAUCGUUGGUGCAUGCUCUAACUCGACUUCAGAAGGACCUGGAGGAACCUUCAUAUGUUUUAAUGGAUAUGCCCCGCGGAUGUGGAUCUUCGUGUGAGGUGCUGAAUCUUUCUCCGCUCGGCGAAGCUUGUUCGAGAAGCGAUUUGACGGCUAUACAUGCGAUUCUAGAGAAGAUUGGUUACAAGGAAGACGACGGGAUUACAAAUGAGCCGUCGUUCCAAAUGUGGACCGAUCAAAUGCAAGAAUCAAUGAACUCGAAGAAGAAGGGCGACACAGCGUUUCGGCGCAAGGAUUUCGACACUGCAAUUGAGAGCUACUCUCAGUGUAUUGAAGUUGCGAGUAUGUCUUCUCCAACUAUUUAUGCGCGGCGAUGCUUAUCAUACUUGAUGACCGAAAAGCCGCAUCUGGCUCUUAAAGAUGCAAUGCAGGCACUAGUCGUAUCUCCGACGUGGCCCACUGCAUUUUAUCUCCAGGCCGCCGCCCUCUUCAUGAUAGGAAUCGAAGACGAGGCUCAUGAAUCACUUAAAGAUGGCUCAUCCCUGGAAACGAAGAUGAACGGAGAACACUGAAGGAGAAACAACACAACUAUUGCGUGUGUGAAACAAAAUGGCCAAGCAUUUCGGAAGGUGAACACAAAACUGUUGAAAAUAGGGCAAGUGAUGUAGGAAAAAGUUUCAUUCUCUGCUGCGAGAAAAUAGUGUGCAACUUCAAAGAAGAUAAAGGGCAAUAGUGUGAGAUGUAAACGCAAAUCUCGCUAAUGGAGAUGUGGUAUUGUAUAGCACCAGAGUGAUUAAUAUGUUUGAUUGUUUCUUAA